CGGCUACAGGGGGAGGGGGGUGGGGGGGCGGCUCGGCGGCGGGUCUGCGGGCCGGGCGGGCCCCAUGGGCGGGUGUGUGGGCUCCCACCACGACUCCUCGGGCAGCCUCAACGAGAACUCGGACGGCACCGGAGUGGCUCUUGGUCGUAAUCAGCCCUUGAAAAAGGAGAAACCGAAAUGGAAAAGUGAUUACCCCAUGACAGAUGGACAGUUGCGCAGUAAGAGAGAUGAGUUUUGGGACACCGCACCAGCUUUUGAAGGUCGCAAGGAGAUUUGGGAUGCCCUCAAGGCUGCUGCACAUGCUUUCGAGAGCAAUGAUCACGAACUGGCACAAGCAAUCAUUGAUGGUGCAAACAUAACACUACCACAUGGUGCUCUUACAGAGUGUUACGAUGAACUGGGCAACCGGUACCAGCUUCCCGUCUACUGCCUCGCCCCACCUAUCAACAUGAUAGAGGAGAAGGGCGACCUGGAGACUCUGGAUAUUCCUGAUCCCCCACCCAAUUCAGGGCAUGAAUGCCAGCUUCGUUUGCGCCUGUCCACAGGCAAAGACCUCAAACUCAUGGUCCGCAGCAUGGACACGGUGUACCACAUGAAGAGACGGCUGCAUGCGGUGGAGGGAGUGGAGCCAGGCAGCCAGCGCUGGUUCUUCUCGGGCAGGCCGCUGGCAGACAAAAUGAAACUGGAGGAGCUGAAAAUCCCAAAGGACUACGUGGUGCAAGUCAUCGUGAGCCAGCCCUUAGCAAAUCCCACCCCAGUGGAAAACUGAUUUCUGCUUGUUUAUCGAUUCUUCUUUCCUCCGUCUCUGUCAUGGGGUCUGUUUUCACUGCCCUCUCUUCUUUUGGGUUGUCCUGCUAAUGGAUUGGUUCCAAGAAAUGACCAGCAAAAAUUCCAUCUGUGAUGGAGAUCUGCAAAAACAAAACAUAAAAAUGUAAACUGGCCUUUGGGGGUUGCCUGAUCUCGUAUUUAACACAACAGCAAACAGCACAGGGCAAGGGCAAAGGAAGGAAGGGGAAGGAAAAAGGGAGGAGGUACAAAGAGGGAGGGAAAAGAUGAUUGUUCACUUAAACAAUACAAAUACGUAAUGAUUCUUGAAACUGUAGGUGGUGUCCUGAUCUAUAGAGCCAGAGCAACAGAGAGCACUUUUAUUAAAAAAAAAAAAAAAUUAUUACUAAAAACUAGUCAGUUUAUAAAAUUUCAUAUCAGCACCACGUACAGUUCAUGCAAGAAUCGCAGCUGCUCUGGGUGGGUCCUGCGCUGUUUGCGGGGAUCCUUCCUGGUUUGACCUAACGCAAAUGCUUUGCCAAGGCACAGCCAGCCCCAGGCAGCGGAGCUGGGCGAGGGGCUCCGUCUCUGUCCCACGUGCGCACCUCCUGGUGAUGCUCAGACCAAGCAAUUGUACAUUCCAAGAUGGCAACACAGUCCUGUGCCACGGCUGGCUCCCGAGCUGGGAGUGCAGCCCGCUGGAGCCUUAGGCAAUAACUUAGUCAAUGUAUACUCUCACGUACUGUAAACUUACUGGCCACAAGACUGACUUAGCCUGAAGUUUACUGGCUGACUGGCACCUGAGUACUUGCCUGCUGGAUACUGUAUAUCACUCAGAUCAUUAGAACGGGCUUUGAUCAGGCUAGCUAAGGUGAGCUCAAGUUUAGGUGCAUCCCCGUUGUCAGUUGGCACUGGUAUAAUAGGUCCGGGUUAAACUGCAGUUGCACCCAGAUGCAACAGAUUGCAACUUCCCCUGCUCAGUUCCUGGAGGGCACAAAGCAUGGAAGAUGGUAAGGAGGACACAGUAGCACAUGGUUUUCAGCUUCUUGUGUGAGUGUCACUUGAAGCAGCAGCCGGUCUUGUAGCUCUGAUGACUCUCCAGCCAGGGCAACUGGAGGUUUCUUCACCACCACGCGCCUGCAGCCCAGAGCGUGACGGCAGUGUUUCGCAGCCGGUGCUUUCCCUUCAGAAUGUAAGAGGAGCCCGUUCAGCAAAUGACAAAUCCUUUGGUAGCCUCAGAAAUCUGAAUCAUUGUAUUUUGGGCCAAAAAUCUAAUUGCUUGUUCCCUCAGUUAGAGAUGCUCUCUGGCUGCUCCGCACCCCUGACUGGUAAUGCCUUUGGUUGAGAUCAAAUGCCCUGUUCCUUUUAAACUUGAUUUCUAAUUUGCUUGGGUUUUCAGCCAUCAUUGAAACGACUUCUUCCAAAAUCGAAUGUGCUACUCGGGUAUGAAUAGCAUAUUUUUAUUGGUUUCUGUCUUCCCUCUCUGAAUCAUUGGUCUAAAGCUACAGUUGUCCCAGGUGUGUCUUGUCUGCUAGUGAAACUGGUGGGUUACACUGACAGUUUUAAACUCGUUAAUUUUGCUCCUUCAUGAAUUGUAUAGAACUCAGUUUCUCGGACUCAAAGUGAAUUCUUGCUCCGUGAGCAUCAGCAUAGAGCUGGAAGGAUCAGAGGUCACCUGUACAACAUCAUGUGUCUUUCCCAGCAGGUGGAAGCAGGCACAGAAUUUACAUUGAUGGAUGGAAAACAGAUCCACAUUCUAUAUGCAUUUCCCACCCUACCCCAAAUGAGCAUAGCUUUCUUUUUGGUCCCCGUGUUGCUGGAAAACUGUAGGCUUAAUGCAGCUCCUUUAGCCCCAGUUUGGUGCAGGAUGACUGAAGUGCAGUGGCAGAGCUGUGUGAAGGAAAUUUAACUCCCUGUUCUCAUAUACACCAAAGUGACUUGGGUUUCUUUUUUCUUUUUUUUUUCCUUGUUAAAGAUGAAAUCAAAGCUGAUAAAUACUAAUCUGUAACAAAAAUUUUCUAUUGUGAAGGCUUUUUUUUAAAGACAAAUGUGAAUUACUAUACUGGGUUUUUGCAGCCAGAUCUUUUGCAUUCCAGAGGGGAAAAAAAUAUUUGAUAUAUAAACAACUCAAAAAAUCUCUUGGAUUUUCACUGGGUAAAAAAUGUUUCAUGCCAGGAAGACACUAUUUGUCUCAUAAGACCUAACUUACAUCUCUGUGUAAAUGGUCUUUACGGUAACGUUUCCGUGCAGUCGCUUCUGGAAGGGGUGUGUGUGUGUGUAUCGUGAUAGAUUAAGGGAGGAAUAAACCAGAGUAACAGUUCUGUAACAGUGAACACUAAAACACUACUUUUUUUUUUUUUUUUGAGGAUACAUUUUGUUGAUUUUUUUUUUCUAUUUUCAUUCAGGCAAUUGUCACCAUGUGCUGUUUUUGAGAUUACAGUGUAGGGUCUGGGAGAACUCCUUUUCCCUCUCCCCUGUCUUAGUUGGAAAAGGUUCAGUUUUAUUAUGCCGUUGUAGAUGACCAUGUCUUACAUUAAUUGCUUGUGCGUCAGGGAGGAGGGUGAUGAUCUGAAGGCCAUGUUGUGAGUGGGCUCUGAGUAGAACAGAGAACUGAUUCAUGAAAAUACUGUUUUCUCUAAUAGUUUCCCUCUUGUCACUUAAGCACAUACCUAAAACUGAAAAGAAAAAAAUCAAUGGUAAAAUGCUUUUAUAGCUGAAAGUGGAGACUUUUCAACUUAUUCUUCAACCAAUGACAGAUAUACCAAGCACAUACCCUGAUGGAAACAAAUUUUACAAGAUUUGUGUUAGGAAAGAAUUCUAAGUUUCAAAAAAAAUAUUAGAAUAUAUAUAUUAAAAAAAUACCAGCAGUGAAGGCGUACAGGGAUACAACAGCAUGUUGACUAACAUAUCCCAUGUACAUAACUAGCAGUUGCAAUAUACAUUGAGAGACCAGUCAUUUCUGACUCUGAAAUGCCUUGUCUUUGUCCUACAAGGUGGGCUUCAGUGCAGAUGCCGGUGCAGGGGGCUCCCGUGGGGCUCCCGUGGGUCCUUGGGGCAGAGCAGGGCUCCCCCCGUGCCUGGAGGUGGGGGUGGGGGGAGGCUCAUUUAAUUGCAGAGCCAGGCAGGCAUGGCUGAAGUGAGACUAACCAAGUACUAAACCCUCGUUUAGCUGGCAGCCCUGGUGAGGAGGACUGGUGCAGGUCUGCGUUGUGGACACCAGUGGCUGCUUCCAGGGAGGAUGGACAGAAGCACGCUGGUGUCUGCAUCUUUAUUUUGCAGCAUGGAGUGUGUGUUGAGCUUGCAGCUCAGCGCUGCUGGCAGCGUGUUGCCGUGCCGGUUGGUGUGCUGCCCUGCACUGUGUGGUGUCUUGGGUAUAACUGGCGCAAUGCAACAGGGUUUUUUUAAUGCAUGCAGCCAUGAACUGCAGUGCUAAGUACAGACAAGUAAGGAGUAAAAGGAUUUUCUUUUUUUUUUUUUUUGUUAGAGCCAUCUGUCCUUUGUGUCAUUCCUGAUUAGCUCUGGCUAUAAACUGAUGCCAGUAGGUAACAUUUUUUACCAUGUUAGUGACAGGUCUGUUCGAUGUGAUUCAGAUUUUUAUACUCUUUAUUGUUGCUUCUGCCUGACCCAGAAGUAAUAACCUAGUGAAAGUUCACACUCCUGAACAGCUUGAAGGGCAGAGAGGCAUGAACACACAUAGUCUGCUGGGGCAAGAGAUCUCCAGAAAAGCUGCAGGUACUGUAGAGACGUUGCUUGGUGUGCUACAGAAGGAUGCUCAGGGUCAUCUUCCACAACCAAGUGACAGCUGCUCCUUCAGAGCAUCCAGCUCCCAAAAGUUUCAUUGACUGCCUUGGCUCUCGGUGCAUCGCAGUUUAUCAGUGUCCUCCACAGAAAAUACAGCUUGGAAUAGUGGCACUGCGAGAUCUUUUUUUAUAGUUUUCUGAAAGUCUUUGCUCCUCUGGAUCUGGGAAAUACCUUGGAAAACUAAAUGCAAGUCAGCAGUGUAGUAAGCUGGGUUCUUUGAUAGACACCCCAAUGCUAAAAGCCGUAGUAACUACAACACAAAACCUCACCCAGGAGCAAGCAAACAAAACCCAUCUCCUCUUUGCCUUUCACAGAAAGUUCCUAAGUUGCUUUGGGGAGGAGAGGAAAGAGGGGUUCAUUAGAGCAACAAGGCAACACGUGGCAAUGUGCAUAACCUUUGGUAAAGCAGAUGGUCAAUUGAUAAAAUAUUGCUGUAGUAUGACAUGCUUCUGCAUAUAUAUCCAUUGUUAGUAAAUAAUGUAAAAACUUUUUAAAAACUAUUAAAAAUUUUUUUUGUUACAGUGGUGGGAUGCUUUUAGCCAUGGAGCUUUGAAAGCAUUUUUGCUGUCUAAGUGUUGACGAAUGCUGUAUGUUUCUCCAUUUCUAUCUUCUUCAGAAGCAUAAGUGGUAGCUACAGUUCUGUAUGUUGAUCUAUAUUUUACAGACUCUUUUCUAUGUUACUGUACAUACAUCCAACACCCUGCACCUUAUGCAGAGAAUGUUUACAUUUAAAAAAAAGAAAAAAAAUUUGUUGGCUUUCUCACUACGCUGCUCACCUCCUGUUAUGUUGAAAUGAAAGUAGUCUCAGUUAGAAAACGGGGCUUUUUUUUUUCGUUUGCCCUUCACCACUUCCCCUGUAAUUCUGACUCCCUCUGGGAUGAUGGCUGGGCUGGCAGCUCUUGGACAGCUUGCGCUUUCCUGGAGUAGGAUGUAGCGGUAUUUGAGAAAGGCAUUUUUGCUGACUUGCUUUGGGUGGGGGGAUGAGCUUUGUCUGCUCUGCAACUUUCUUGGGGGGGGGGGGGGGGGAAAUUGCUUCAAACCCACUAGAUGUUGGUGGUCUGCCUUGCAAGUUAACUCAGCUAGGAAGCCUUGGAGUUAAACUUUCCGGCAAUCGUGUUUCUGUCUUCUCCCAAAGAAGAUGAAUGUCCCGCUAUUCUAUCUGUAGCUACAAACACUUCUGUUAGUUAAUGGCUGUAUAUACGAGUCUGCCUGCUUUGAGACUUUCCUUUUCAUAAAGUGUUUUUGAUGGCUCUGUUCUGCAAAUGGCUCUCCUCUUCCAUAUUUCAUCCGCUUAGAUACUCCCUAGCUGCGUGUGUGUUGUUCUUGUUCAUAGGAGGUGGAGCUAUAGCUCUCCUUCCAAGGGACAUAAAUGCCACUGAGCCUACAAAAGUCAAAUGUUUGGAAGAUGAGACGUAACCAGCGGGCUUCUCAACGUGGACUUUGAGACUUUGAAUAAACGUGUCCACUGGACUCUCCGUGAAAAAGUAUGUUCCUGCCCUCCAAGCAGGACCACUUGUUGGGUAUUUAUCCAGUAGAACUCUGCAUUUGUAUAUUUUACAGAUCAUUUGAUCAGAGCCAUGGGGCAAAUAGAGAACUUAAAAUCCUGACUCCUGCCUUAAAACUUUUAGUUCAUCUUGAGCUCCAAAAAUUCUGCACCUGCUCGUUCUCAAGUCCCUUUUCUCUUUAGGAAAUUUGAGUCCAGUCAAAGGUUGGAGACAAUUUAAGAAAAUUUUAAAAGAAAAUAAAUUUUAGCGGAUUGCUUUAUUAAAAAUAACUAACUGGUCUUGCAUUGAAAACCCUAUUUGUGCCUCUGUUAAGUCCAGGGAAUGUUUAGAAAGUGGAGGUGGCUUUUGAGCAAUGAUUGAAAUGACUGCAUUAGCUGGCAAUUUGUAAGACACUUGCUUUCAUAUGCUCUGAGCAAGAGACUUCGGUUUGUGUCCUCUCUGCCUCAUGGUAAUGGCUUUCAAAGAUGGCUGGUACCAUCAAAUUUGUACUUCUUGAAUAAAUAUCUUCAUUUUUAUGGUAAAA